CUCUCCUCCGGGGAAAUGUUCCUGUGAUUUAAUCUACUCUGUAGUCUGUGCUGCUGCUGUGGGAUUAGCGCAGUGCAAGACCGUGCAGCGCCCACUGGGUCCAUAUCGUCCAGCUGUCGUUUUUGGGAGGGCCUUUGAUUUGCGUGUGAUGAGUUUCCCAUAGCAUCUGGAGAUCAAUUAUCCAUUCGUGUGAGCCAGUGGUUGAGAAGAGAGAUCAUAGCUUGCUAUGUGCGUGUGUUUGUGUGUAAACCAUUCAGCGAAAGGCAAUACUGAUUUAUUUUAGGAGAUUGAGGUAAUUUUGCAGCAUUUCAAAGGUUUAGAGGUAUGAAAUAGACGAAAAAACGGAAAAAAAUGACAUAAGCGAUGGUAGGCUAUAUCUGCAGUGAGUCUAUACUGAUGUAGCCCAUACAUAUGGUUUUAAUGUUAUUUUGUCAUAUCAUUAUCUCUGUAGCCUAUGAUUCUAGGUGUCUAUCAUUCUCAGCAUUUCGCCCCUCUUCCUGCAGCCUGCAGCCUUGGAGACAAUCAUUUCGUUCCCUCCUUUCUUUCUGUAGCCUAAAUCCCCUCCUCGUUUAUCCAUAUAGUCCUGAGGAAAAUGCAGAUAUGUAUUCGAGAGGGCGUAUAAGGCAUCCAUGAUCCAAAGGAAUCCUGAAUCCCUGCAGCUGAUUGGCUGCUGGCUCCUGCCUCUUGUUGGGAUGGACCUGUUGGAUAAAAGGACCAUUUUCUGAAGGACUCUUGUGUGUGAUACAGAGGAUCAUGCACAGGGGACCGUCCUGUAAGACGGCAUAAUAACUAAUAGGCCUUUCAAGUAGGCUAGCAUCCGAAGACAACAUGACGGGGAAACAAGGCGCUGUGCUGACGGAAAGUUUAAAUAUAUCGGAGAAAACCUCUCUGGGUGCAAAUGGAGGGAGUAACAGCCACCAGCCGAAGAGCAGCGCGACCCAUCCGCCGCCCAGGUGCACCGGCUUUGGCAUCCAGGAGAUACUGGGGCUGAAUAAGGAGCCGUCCGCGGCCCCGAAGAACCCGCUAAACUCGCUGCCGCCCGGGGCGCACCUGAUCACCGCCAGGUCCUUUCUGGGCCCCGCCGGCGUGGGUAUGGGUGUCGGGAUGGGAUUAAUCGGCCCUGGUGGAAUUCCGUCGUUUUACAGACAACCAGCGUUUUUGGAGACUGUGCUGUCGGACGCACAAGACGUUCACCUGCAGCCCCACAGCAGGUCCGUAGGGCCGCUGGACACCAGCCAGUCUGCCAGCUCAGACUCAGAUGAUUUAUCUUCAAAUGAACGAAAACUUUCGAAGUCAUCAGUAAGUCAGAGCAAGAAACGCAAGAAAAGACGCCACCGAACCAUAUUCACCUCAUAUCAGUUGGAGGAGCUGGAAAAGGCCUUUAAUGAAGCGCACUACCCGGAUGUUUAUGCCCGAGAGAUGUUGGCCAUGAAAACAGAGCUACCUGAAGACAGGAUACAGGUAUGGUUUCAGAACCGCAGAGCCAAGUGGAGAAAGAGGGAGAAGUGCUGGGGCCGCAGCACUGUGAUGGCUGAGUAUGGGCUGUAUGGAGCCAUGGUGAGGCAUUCCAUCCCCCUGCCAGAGUCCAUCCUCAAGUCGGCCAAGGAUGGCAUCAUGGAGUCCUGCGCCCCCUGGCUGCUCGUCCAAGAUGGCUUACCAAUCAACAGACGCUAUUCUAAAUCUGAAUACCCGCAACUCUUUGCAGGGAUGCACAAAAAGUCCACGGAGGCAGUGGUCCCCCCGGCAACAGGACAGUGCGAUGCGCCCCAGCAGCCAAGCUCUCAGAGGGUGGAAGAAGCUGAAGCAGAGGAAAAGAGGUCAGAGGGCAAGUCCACCAUUUCUAAAGAGGAACUGCGAGAGAACAGCAUUGCUGCACUCAGGGCCAAGGCACAGGAGCACAGUGCCAAAGUGCUGGGGACAGUUUCUCAUGACAGACUGCUGGAGGGCAAACUGGAGAGACAGGCGGCCGAGGAGAAAGCUGGUGAUCCCCUGAUUCCAGCAGAGGAGGAGAAAAGUCCGUAGAGACUAUCACAUUCCUCUGGACUGCUAUUCUCAUGAGUGAAUGCAGUGGGCUGGCUGUACUUACGCAAUAGAACUCACUGUCCAGCAGGUUUCCCUCCCACAUUGACUUCUCUUAGACUGGCCUGUAUCUGGACUUCUUUAAGAAGAAAAGUCAUCUGGCCGUCACCGGUUCACUGCUACACGGAAGAUGCAAAAUGCACUUUGUCUGAUUUACUUCCAAACCCACAGUUGUUGUUGCGUUUGCAUAGUAGGGAAGAUGUGACUGAGAGUAAAGUGUUAAUAUUGGUGUAUAUAGACCCUGCAGUUAUAUAUAGAGCCAGAUGAUUCAAAUUGUAUCCAAUAUAACAGUUAGAUCAUAUUAAUUAGGACUACCAAUGACCAAUAAACGGUCAAGUACAUUUAAUUCUUGGCAUUCAUUUUUAUGUUGCUUGUACAGUUAUGGUGACAUUUGAAAUAAGAACCAUCCCACCGACAGAAAGUAAUUGUUGUCCUAUAUCGCGUUGUAUAUACUUGAUAUAUUAAUCUCUCUCACUAAAGGCACACUUUGACAUAUGUUUUCUUGUUGUCUUAAAAAAAUGUUUGUUGUUGUUUUCAUUUCAAAAUAUGUAUAACUCAAAAUACAAAGCAUAAAAUAGAAAUCGCCUUUUAUUAAAUGUGGCUUUUUGGUGUCUA